AUGUCGACGGUGAGCCGUGCAUCCCUUGACCAGAAGCUUGCCCUCGCCAAGCGAUGCUCGCGAGAGGCGACCCUUGCCGGAGCCAAGGCGGCAGCUGUGGCAACUAUCGCCUCCGCGAUUCCCACCCUGGCGAGCGUUCGGAUGCUGCCAUGGGCGAAGGCCAACAUCAACCCCACCGGCCAGGCUCUCAUCAUCUCUACAGUUGCCGGGAUGGCCUAUUUCAUCGCCGCCGACAAGAAGAUCCUCUCGCUCGCGAGGCGGCACUCGUUUGAGGAAGCUCCUGAGCACCUCAGGAACACCUCCUUCCAGGGCACCGGUCGCCUGCACCCGGCUUUCUUCAGGCCAUGA